AUCGGCGUGGUCAGCUGUCCUGCUGACAGUGUGUUUGGGAUGGGCCAAAAGCCAUGAAGAGAAGGUGGCCGAGAAGCAAGAAGGGACGCGGUUUUGUCCCAUUCCUGCAAUGUGUUCUUGUUUGUUUGGCAGUGUGGGACCUUUGCUCUUUUAGCAUUCAUACUCUGGUAUAAAAACAUGGGUAUAACAGCCUGGGCUACAGAGUGAGUUCCAGGAAAGGCGCAAAGCUACACAGAGAAACCCUGUCUCGAAACAAACAAACAAACAAACAAACAAACAAAAAACCAAAACAAACAAACAAACAAACAAAACAUGGGUAUCUCUUCAUUUGACAGCAUGGGGCUGUGCUUCACUAGGACUGCUCUGACUGUCCCUGAGAUCCUCAGCCCUCCCUCCUUACACAGACACCACACCAAAGCUCAGUACAUUGAUCAUUAUUACCAUGACUUGGAUGCAGGAUAGGAAAUACUUGUGUUUGAUUGUCUCACCCAGGCCACAGCCUGCUCAUGUUUGAAACAUGAGCACUGAGCUGGCCACAUCAAAAUAUAUCCUUGUCUAGGAGCCUGAAGUUCAAAAGCAAAUGGACCAGGAGUUGGGGCACUGGCUUUGUUUUGUUCUGUUUCAUGACAGUCUCACUCUGUAGCUCAGGAUGGCCACAAUUUCAUUGUCUUCUGACCUCAGCCUCAAGUCCUGGGAUUUGCAAGUACAUGUUGCCAUACCUGCCUAUCUUCUGCCUUCUCCAUGGCCUAUGUCUUGCACUUUUCCCUCCCUAGAGUAUGGAAGAUAGGCUCUUGAAGCAUCAUGUCUUCCUAGCUGGGUGUGGUGGCUCACACCUAUAAUUUCAACCACCUGGAGGAUGAGGCAGAAAGAUGGGGAGUUCAUAGCUAGUGUUUUGUUUUCUGUUCAGAUCAUAUAAAUAGUUUGCUAAAGAGGGUUCAAAACCAGGUUGGGGAAGUUUAGCAAUACAGUAGCUAAAAGAGAAGUGGGAAGAUGAAGAAUUCUUUCUCUUUGUGAGGGUUUUUCAGACACUUUCUCUUUGUAACCCAUAGUCACUAAUUCAUAGUCCUGCCAGAGACCUGAGUGCUGGGCUCCCAGGAGUGUACCAAUCCCCUGGAAAUAUGCUCCUUUUCAGUCUUCCUGAGUUUUAGACACAGAUAUAAGAGGAAGCUUCUCACUGUACCCACCACGACAAGUAAUUGAGGCCUCAUUAGGACCACGACUUCUAGAGGGCUCAGAACCUUAAAUUGUGAACUGUGACUGUGCUCACGGGUCAGGGUGUCCUGGAGUCAUCUUGUCACAUUCUUUGCUCAUGCAGAUUGAAAGCAUGCUUGGUGAGAACAGGUAGAGACAGAUUGUACAAGCAGAGGGAGCAGCUCUCCUUCACAUGAGCAUUGUGCAUUUACAGUGGUACAGGCACACAAAACUGGAUGUCCACAUGCUGUCAUGUAGACAGCAAUGCACAAAACCAUAGAUAUUCUACUUCAUGAGCAAUUUGAAAUUUUUUGUAGGAUUUUGUUACAAUUUUCUAUGCACAGUCUUCCAGACCCUUGCAGAAGAAAGGACUUUGUGCAACUUAGCCUGUGUGAUUGAGUUCAGGAAACUUCAUUAAUUAGAAAUCUGACAUAUGUUCAGAUUUCUGAACAUACGAUGAAAUGUUCUCAAUUUUUCUUUUGUCUUUGUUUGGUUUUGUUUUUAGAGACAGAGUUUCUCUGUGUCACUUUGGUGCCUGUCCUGGAUCUCACUCUGUAGAUCAGGCUGGCCUCGAACUCACAGAGAUCCGCCUGGCUCUGCCUCCUGAGUGUUGGGAUUAAAGGCAUGCGCCACCACCGCCCAGCCUUGAUUUUUCUAUAAAUGUCAAUAUGAAAUUCUGUGAUCUGCAGACCCAAAGCAUGUCCCAUCAGGGACUGCAUUUUCUUCCCGCUCUGCCUCUCCCCCAACUCCUCAUCCUGAAGGUGCUGUCUGUGAUCCAGGACCAUGCUGGCAGAGCCUGCCUCCAAGAGCUAGACAAGAGCAACAGCCCCUUCACCAUGGCCCUGUGUGGCUCCAAAGGUUCCAUCAUUNACAUAUCACAGAUGAUCGCCUGUGUGGGACAGCAAGCCAUCAGUGGCUCCCGGGUUCCAGAUGGCUUUGAAAACAGAUCUUUGCCUCACUUUGAGAAGCAUUCGAAGCUCCCUGCUGGCAAAAGCUUUGUGGCCAAUAGCUUUUACUCUGGCUUAAUGCCUACUGAGUUUUUCUUCCACAUAAUGGCUGGUCAGGAGGGUCUUGUAGACACUGCUGUAAAGACUUCUGUAACAGGACCCAUGCAGGUAACUUGAGGAAGUGUCAUUGGCCACAGAGCAACAACAUUGUAUGUGAGCCCGGCCUGCUCAUAUCCUGUGUACUCUGAAAGGUAGAGAGUAGGCCAGAGUCCCAGAUGGCUAAGUCUCCUAGAGGGGAAUGCUGAGCUUGUAGCCUGGACUUACCAUUCAGCCUCCCUUAGCUGUUUCCUAGCAUGACUGGGGCAUGAGGGUGAUAACUGCCUGCUAGUUACUGAGAGGUUUCUGACUCUAACUUUGCCACUGUUGAGGUCUCAUUAUUCAUCCUUUCCAUGGCUCCCAGGAAUUACAGCUUCAGGGUGACAGGGCUGAGUGAGAGGGUUCUUUGCUGCACUUACAAAUGGCUGUAAAACUUGACCCUCUGUCUCUCUCU